UAUUAAUUAAGCAUAUACACGGAUCUAUAGAUAUCACUCAUCAUCAAAUCAAAUCAUUAUUGAACUAUUUUAUUACCAAGAGGUAAAAGAAUGUCUAUAAGUUCUCAAUCAUCGAAGAAAGAAGCCAACAGAUCAGGAUCAUGGACACCAGAAGAAGACCAAAAACUUGCUCAAGUUAUUCAACUCCAUGGCCCAACCAAGUGGAAAUCUCUUGCUAUCAAAGCAGGUUUGAAUCGAUGUGGAAAGAGUUGCAGGUUGAGAUGGAUGAAUUAUCUUAGACCUAACAUUAAAAGAGGCAAUAUUUCUGACCAAGAAGAGGACUUGAUUCUUAGGCUUCAUAAACUCUUGGGAAACAGGUGGUCAUUAAUUGCUGGAAGAUUACCUGGUCGAACUGACAAUGAGAUUAAGAACUAUUGGAAUUCCCAUCUGAGUAAAAAAAUGAAGCAAAUUAAGGAGAGAAAUACUAGGACCAAUAAUAUGGCUCAGGUGAUUAAAGAGGUGGAUCAUCAUCAUCAUGAUCAUAAUCAUGAUCAUGAUCAUGAUCAUUAUGAGUGUCCCAAAAAGAAUGAGAUUAAUAAUAAUCAUGGGAAUCUAUCUUUUCUUGGGGAGGAUGAGUCUCUGAAUUUGGAGGAGAUGAGUAAUUUUCUAGAGGUUGACGAGGCUUGGUUUUACUUUACUUGACAUUUUCUUUUCUGGGUUUGUUUGUAUCUAGCUAAGGUCCAAAUAUUUAUAUAUAUAGCCAAAUUUUAAGAUGGGGUCCUUUCAUUUUCAGCUAUUUCUUUCUCAAUAUCCCAAAACUCUUAGGUUUUAGUAAUGUCAGUAUUGGUUUUAUAGUUUCAGUCUCUUGGUCUAUGUGUAAUCUAUGUAUCAAGACUAAUUUGUAGGGUAUUUUAGUUAUACAUUUCAUGUAAUCUAUGUAUUAAGACUAAGACUUAUUUCAAA